CUAUGGAUGAACAAAACUAAAAGAGCUCUUGCAAAACAAGGUUACCUAACCACUGGUGAACAGGAUAUUUUAAACUUAAUAUUAUUCGAAUUCAAAUACAUGUUAUAUGAGAUUCCAUGUGAAUGGAAUAUUCAAUUAAGUGAUGGAAGUGAUGAACAACGAUGUCCUGUAAGUUGGUUAACUUAUGCAGAAUUGAAAAAGCGUAAUUAUGCAACAAUUGUUAAACAACCAAAACUUAUUCAUAUUAAUCAUCAUAUAAAACCAGAUGAUGUAAAAGCGAAAUAUAUACCAACUGAGUACAUUGAUCAAUCAGAUGUCAUUCUUAAACAGUGGGAACUAUAUGAUAAAUUCGUGUCAGUUUACCGUCAAUAUACUAAAUUACAUGAAUCAUGUUUCCAAUAGAUUCAAUUGAAGAACCAAUCAUUUGAUGUUGUUCUUUCAAUCAUUUAGUUGAUGGGUUAUUCUUUGUCUUCAUUCAAUAGAAUGGAUUAUCUUUUAUUUUUUGUAUUUACAUCAAUACACUUGAAAUAAAUUUGGUUAAUGAUAA